AUGAAUAUGAAGGACAGGCUCUUUACAGUUAUCACAAGAUUCCUCAAGCAACUCACUCGUUUCACUUACUGUACACCCGAAUACGUCAUUCUGCACAGGAGGAUCAUGACUCCCCAGGACACAUAUUAUACAAAAUCUGCAGAACGAAUUAAAUUGUUAAAAAUAUACAUUUUCAAGAAACAGAAUCGAUGCAAAGGUGCUAACUGUCCAUUCCACAGUCUAUGGAACCAUAGAAAUUUUGAAUUGAACGUUAAUUCUGACAAGAAUCAUUAUGAGGAAUCAGCCGAUAGCUGA